UCUCACCCUCAAAGCAAUAUAUUAUAGAUUUGUAGCGCUCCAAUUUGUCGCUGGCUUUAUCUGUCCCAUAAUCCCAUCCCCGGUCUUGGAACCAUCGCCAUAUCCCUCCAGCCUUCAUAAAUCUAGUUGGGAUUGAUGAUUUUAAUUUUUUGUGGGUAGAAAAAGGCCGAAGCAGCCGAGAGCGCAUCUUCGUCCCCUUCUCUUCCUCCAGCGCUACUGGAUUCAUUCAUUUUACGGGAUGGCUUGCUUAGCAACCUCUGAAAUAUGCGAUACGAACCAGGCCCUCGUAAUAAAAGGCGAUGUUCGAGUUCUUCAGCCAAUCUUCCAAAUUUAUGGACAAUGCAGGGCUUUCUCAGGCCCAAUUGUGACACUCAAAGUAUUUGAGGACAAUGUUUUGGUGAGAGACAUGCUUGAGAGCCCUGGUGAUGGUAGAGUUCUUGUCAUCGACGGCGGAGGGAGCACAAGAUGUGCCUUAGUUGGAGGUAACCUUGGUCAGCUAGCUCAAAAUAUGGGUUGGGCUGGUAUCCUGGUCAAUGGCUGCAUAAGAGAUGUCGAUGAAAUCAAUGCCUGCGACAUCGGGGUUAGGGCUUUGGGUUCCAAUCCAUUGAAAUCAAGCAAGAAGGGCCAUGGAGACAAACAUGUCCCUGUUAAUGUUUGGGGUACAGUAAUCCAUGAUGGAGAAUGGCUUUAUGCAGAUAGUGAUGGUAUUCUAAUUUCAAAGUCAGAGUUAUCUGUUUGAUUACAGUAAUUGCAAUUUGAGUUCAUUUAGUUUAUAGCAUAGCUGGAUAAGCAGCCAGCGUCUACUUAUUUUUUUACAAAUAAUACAUCCAUUAAGGUGGAGUCAGUUCAUAAAACAUUUCUUGAUUUUUUUGGUCCUUUGUGUUGAUUAUAAACAGUAAGGUUUCUUUUAUGGAUUCAUAGACUCCCAACCUAUUCAUUUCUUAAGUUUAACAAGCAAAGUGAGAUUCAUUCU